UCGACCAAUCUCAGUUAGAUGAGCUCCACCACGAGAUGGCGAAGGUCAAAGCAGCUCUCGAGACCGCUUCCAAGACUGGCUCGGGGACCAUAUCGUACCGUGGUUUGGAGGGCCCCGCUUUGGGCCGGUACCUGUUAGAGUUGCAGCGGAAGGAGGUCAGUCUGUUGAGGGCCCAACAGCGGAAAUUGGAGAGCGAGGAGGACCAGCCGGAAGAUGCCCAUCCAGCCCGACCACUCACCGCAGCUGAGCUCCACGAGGCCUCAGUGGAGGAGGUAGUGGCGUAUUUGGGGCGAAUGCAGGGGACUGAGGACGAGGUAGAGCGAGGGCUCAUCGCGUUGAGACAGAAGAUUGAUAAUAGCGGCUAUCACUAUCGAGAUAAGGCCUUGGAAGACACUCUAGCGGCGAUUCUGGAGGCUUCUGGGGCGGCUGAUAAGGUCCGGUUGAAAGCAGUGGCCCUCCUAAAUGCGAUGGAGGAGCAAAGAGAGGACCCUAGGCGGCCCUCCCUUCUGAGCCGACGCUUUGCGCCUAUACUGGCGGACCACUGCAUGAGGGGACCAGCGAAGGGAGGGGACGAGACGUUGAUGAGGGACACUGCUGAACUGAUGACUGAUUGGAUCAGCAAGCAAGGGGACGAUGGUGUUGAUGAUCCCCUCCGAGACUGUACCAUAAGUUGCCUGCUGAGCUCCUUCCUCUACCAUGGUCCGGACCACCUGCCCUGUCUGGAGCUGCUAGAGGCCCUGUUCUCGGUAGAGACCGUCACUGAUAAUGUGGACCUGUGGACCGCCAUGGCCAGAGACCUACGGGUCCUGCUCGACACCAAGGUCAAUACAGAGAUCCGACUGGGCCGAUUCGCCUAUGUGGUCACUGAACUGACCGCGACAUGGAGUGGUGGGGGCGACUUGAUCCUCCGACUGGUCGAGCUAGGAGUCCAUUCAACAUUGCGUCAAAUGCCACUACUGGAGGCUGAGACCAAGGAAGAGGCCAAAUGGGCCCGGGACCAGGUCGAGAUAGCGUUAGCCGCCCUUGAAGGUAGCUACCAAACCGCUGGACGGGAAGGGCAGCUCUUAUGA